AUGGACAGGUCGUCAGAACGACAUCAAAACCAAUACCAUAAUGACGUCGACGAUAUCGAAGACUUCGAGGGCGAAUCACAACCAAUAUCCACAUCCCAGUACCCCCCAGCGAUAAAAGUGCCAUUGCGUUCAGAACAGCAGCCGAUGUCAGCGGCGCGCUCGACGCCAAAGCCACAGCAAGGGAUACCACAGAGCUCAGGGAAGAGGAAGGGUUUCUAUGAUGGUAUAGAUCCAGAUCUAUUCGCACUAGCGGAUGGACAGCCUUUCGACCUUCCGGGGGCCUCUAGGAGAGCCACCGAGGAUGAUAUAACAUCCACAAAGACAGGGAAAGUGCCGGAAUCUGUACAAACACAAGAGCAUUUCGAGUUUCCUACACCGACCCCUCAAACUCAAUCGAAAAAAUCCAGAGGCUUCGCCAUAGACCCAGAUCUCCUCGCUGCCGCCUCUCCGGUGAAGGAGAAACCAGAACGCGCGGUAAUAGGAUGGAAACCGUCUAUCUCACAGGCGAUUGCAGCCCCUGAUUCAAGCUCCAGGGUUCUAUGGCCGACAGAAUCGUUCCGAGCUACCCCUCAACAGAUGACCAAACAUAAUCCAGUCCCUAGUGAUGACAUUGUCCCCGAAACAUCCCCCCCACGCUUCACAACGCCUCCACGUCAGAAUCUGCCUUUGCUCAAUGAUGAUUCUCAAAUUUCUACUACAGAUUCUAUAGAGGACCUUGUCUCGCCCAGAAAAUCGGAAAACCUUCGCCCCAAGACCGAAGAUUUUGAUAUCAUACAUUCAGAUAUUGACAUCACAUCUUCACCCCCACUGAGUCCAUUAUCUUCCCACUCCUUCAAACCGAAGCACAAAGAUGAUGAUGGCUCUGUUAGCGGCGACUCUCUUCCCGACGAUCUUAUGACCCUCGAUAAUCCUGUCACCCCGUUGCCAAUACACAAACGCCUUCUAAAAGAACUAACCCAGCAGUCCCCAGCGACACCUACGCCUCAAACACCCCGACCAGGUUACUUUAACAUCCACGACCUACAAAAAUCUGUCAUCAUACCGAAAACAGAAUCCUCUCGUGCUCCGGAUCCACAACACCGCCGGUACAGUCCUGGCGGCCUCGCUGAUACAGUAUUGGGAUGGAGGGAGGAACUUCAUAGUACUUCUCUUUUCAAGCAGAGGGUACAGCCGAUUGGUGUAGACUAUAUCAUCACUGUCAUCGAGGUGGUUCAAGAUGGUGACAUGAUAAUUGUUAAGGGGCAUGGAGUAGAAGGCGUUGUGAGGGCCAUUAUUUCGGGCCCAGUGAGGCUGGGGUUGCAAAUCACUGUAGGGCAGGUGGUGCGGUAUGGAAGGCCGUGGGUACUAGUGAACCUACUAGGAGAGGAGUGGAAGUCUUUAAUGGGAAAGGUAGAAGUCAUAGAAAGGGAUGUAGAUGUAGAUAUGGGUGAAUAG